AUGACAAAGUCGACUGUUACGCAAGACGAACACGAGGUUGUACGAAUCAAUCGCUCUCUCUCUCAUGCCCAUAGACGAACCACGGUUGCAAGACCUCACGGCAGGAGAUGGGAAGGUUCCCGCAGUGGAACCUUCAUUCCUCUUUUCCCUUUCGGAACUUCCGUCCGUGCCAUGAAUGAUCAACAGAGACAGGCUACAAAGUCACACAGAGAGAGAGAUGGAGAAGCCGGACAGAAUAUGACAGAGAGUUGUGAGAGUCAAUUCUCUGUAAAAGUUGGGACGAUUACACCCCCUCCGGAGCCAUCUUACGAACCGCUGACAAAGCAUUGUCGUUUUGGAGGCUCCUGGUCAAUGGAGCAGAGCAAAAGUAACAAAAAGUAUCCGUACGGAUUACCUGAGUCUUUUCUCUACCACCUUCCCUGA